AAAACAAGAUAAAGCCUCAUCUUUUCCUCCUCCCUCUCCAUCUUCACUUUAAUGCUUUAUUACUUUCUUUGCUCUGCUAUUCCACUAUAGUGUGAUUCUCCACCAUCUCCCUAAAGAGCCAUCAAACUUUAUUAAAGAGAAAUAAAAAUAAAAACGCAAAAGGAUUGAACACCACCAUGGUUUUCUCUUCUAUUCCAUCUUAUUUAGAUCCUCUCAAUUGGCAGCAACAACCAAAUCAACAUCAGUUGCUUCCACCACUAUCCUCAUCGCAGUCACAAGGUGCAGGCUCGAUAAUCAGACCUGGAUCGAUACCGAAUCAAGCUCAAACUCAAACUCAGACUCAGAUAGGUCAGACUCAGGAAAUUCAAGCAGGCCAGACUCAGACUCAGACUCAGGUAGCUAAGCUACCACAACAAGAGACAGCUUUGAAGUGUCCUCGUUGCGAAUCAACCAACACGAAAUUUUGUUACUACAACAACUAUAACUUAUCUCAACCAAGACACUUCUGUAAGACGUGCAGGCGUUAUUGGACGAGAGGGGGUGCAUUGAGAAAUGUUCCUGUUGGUGGAGGGUGUCGUAGAAGCAAAAAGACCAAAAAGAGUAACACCACUACUAGUACUACUACUCCUUCCAAAUCUUCAAUAUCUAAUAGUAAUGAAAAAGAUUAUUCAACAAGUGCAAUCCAUUCAACUUCAACACCUUUCGGAGAGUUCUUGAAUCCAAGUAACAAAACCUACAUGAACAUGGCAUCUCUUCAGAAUCUGAGUCGCUAUGGUGUUGGAACAGUUGGUAAUAUGGGAUUUCAAAUCGGAGAUUAUAGUGGAGGUGGAGAAGGUGGUGGAGGUUUGGAUCAAUGGCGGUUUCAGCAAUUUCCUUUCAUGAAUAAUGGUUUUGAAUCAACUACUUCAAAUGUUUCUUUCCCAUUUCAAAGUGAAAUUCUUGAACCACAAGCUUCUUCUAGGGCUAAUACUCAGAUACCUGCAUCGGUUAAAUCGGAACACAACGGAGGUUUGAGUUUCUUAAGAUCUCCUCUGAGUGUCUCAGAGAAUAACAACAACCAUUACAAUUCAUGGACUGAUUUUUCUGGUCUCGCGUCUUCUUCCGCUAGUCGUCUCUUGUAACUUUCGUCGUUUACACUACUAGAAAAAGUUGAAUUAUUGACCGGAAUUAGAGACGGAAAAAAAUUUUAAAUUGAUCUCUAAUUUUGACAUCUCUAACUAAUAUUUUAGAGACGAAAUUAGAGAUGAAUUUAGUUUUUUUCCAUUUCUAAUUCACUUUUUGUUUUAGUAAUGUGUACGCAGUCGAAUUUUUGUCUUUGUCGUCUUUGUCGCCGCUCUUUGCUUAUCAGUUAUCAAAUCCAAGGCAUCAUCUAUCAGAGAAGAAAUGAAGCAAGAAAUGAAGCAACAUGAUUUUGAAAUUCCAAUAUAUAUCUUCCGAUGGCGAAAAUCAAGCCUAGUGUUGAAACAAAUCAAGAGAAGCAUGGUAGAAUUUGAUUUUGUUCUUGUAUAUUUUAAUUUUCAUUGAUUAAUUGUUUAUGUUUAUGCAUGGAGUGAGUUUCUUUUGUACUAUUUGAACUUAAUGUGUGCUUGUAGUAAUCAUCAACUAUUAUGUGAUUUCUUUCAGAAGUUAUUAUCAUAUCAUUAUUUGAGUAA